ACUAGAGCUGCAGCUGCAGGCCACGCCGACGUACACUCGUUCACCCGUGUUCUUGAUUUUGAGCGUCUGUGGUUACUAUUUGUUGUGCAGACAGGAAAGCAGGACUGAGAGGGAAGGGAAGAGGGGAAGACAUGCAGUAAAGUCUACAAGUAGGAAUCCAACUGUAAGCCUCUCUACAUGUAACCCCUUUCAACCAGUGUCUACUGGUCUAAUGUCAUAAGCUCAUUAGAAACUCAUCCCUCAGAAAUGCAAUAGGUAGAGGUAUCUGAUGGCUCUGACAGUUCAUAGACAAGUUUGGAUGCAAUAACCUCUGCUUGAGCAGAAAACGGCCCUUAACUUUUAUUUGCUUUGAUGAGCCAAGCUCGUCAGCAACACAGUUAACUAUACCAACAUCCAUAAAACACUGAUGGAAGUUGUUCUAUUUUCCAAGGAAAUGACUGCCAAGAGUGGAACACUGAAGACCCAGUACAGUAAAAGCACAGAGAUGAGUCCUGUAUGCUGCAAUAGCACCAAAAGUCUUAGCAUUUCCCACUUUGUAUACUUAAAUACAGUACUCUCAUGUAAUUUCUUAAGUUUAUAUUUUCUAAUUACACAGAUUAAUAUAUUUAUAGGUAUCCAAAGAUAAAUGUGCAUUUCUUGAGUGUCAUUUGUAUCAAAAUUUAACUGGCACAGUCUGAGCAACACAUUUUUUGUAAAUUAUAUUUACAAUUGUUGUAAUUUCUAUCCUUGUUGCUGGUUGUGAAGUUCUAUUAUCAUUAAGGUUCCUUUUUGCACCCAAGGUAAUGCUGUAUUAGUUGAAUAUGGGGACAUUUAACACACAACCAACCCUUAAAAAAAAGUAUAAUACAGUCUUUUGACUGUUGAUGUGAUUUGUGAUUUGAAAUUAAACAGCAAGUUAUAGAAUUGCAAAGUUAAUGAUAACCAUACAGUUCUUGCAGAAUGAUCCCAGUAAAUCAUGUUGCUUGUGUAAUUUAAGCUCUUUAGGGGUUAACAUGUUUUUAGUUCAUUUUAGUGGGCACAAUUUAUCAGUGAAUGACUAUUCCAAUAAGCAAUAAAGGUAAAUUACUGUUUUUGACAACGCAUUGUAUGAGGAACACCCUGAAAACCCAGUUUUGCAGGUCUCCACGAGGAGCGGAAGGAACAUUUUGGAACCCUUGAUGGAGGAUUAAGGCAAUGCGCAGUGAACCUCAAUAAUGGAAUUUUUUUUCUGUCGAAUGCCAUUUUUUCCAGUUACCCCCAGCAAAAAUGUGGCAUGCUUCAUGGAACUAUCUGUCCAAUCAGAACGGUGAAAUGGGAGGAAACUUUCCUGCAAAUUGCUCAAUAUGGAACUGAGGAAAUUGGAAUGGGUACCAUGGAAUUGGUCCAAGCAUAGAGAACAGCAAAGUACUUGCAUUUGGUUAAGAAUGCACAGGUGGCUUGUGGUGGUGACUGAAACACAGCCUUUAAAGCUGUCUGAAUCAAAGUUGUGAAUGAUGUUCUUGACAUGGGAUUUCAUUAAUUUACCCGUAAACAACUACUUGCUAUGUUAAAUUAUACAUGAGUUGGUGUUGUGUAGAUAUGCACAGAUUUCUGGUUGAUCACUGAAGUUUGAUUUUUAGAGUGUCUACAUUUUUGGAGGCAUUUGGCAGUGUACUGUUUGUACUUUUGUUUCUUAGUUUAAAGAAAGUUAUGAACUUAUUUUGAAAGAAAACUUUAAUGAUGUCGAGAAUUGUAUUCUUUUUGGUGGCAAGUCUGGUCAAAUGUGCGUGUGAGUCCAUGUUGCACAGUGAUGUCUUUGCUGCAGGUUACUCCCAGAUUUUGCUGCAUUGAAGAAGCCUUGUUUUUCAGCCAAAGAGGAAUAAGUUGGCUCUGAUCUGGUUGUCAUAAGAGGGUGUCUCAACUGCUCAAAAGAUCCACUUUGCUUUGGUCUAAGAUACUAGUGCUUAGGGUUAUGACUGUAGGUAAUGGGUAACCGAUCAGUUAAAAACAAGCAUAUGCAGAACAGAUUGUUUUGGAAUUUGAAAUGAUGCCAGCGACUUACUUGACGCUGUACUGGUUGGAUCGUACCUAAUGCGGAUGAAGCUAAAACAGCCAUCUUUGUCAACAGUGCUACAGUUUUUGCAACAUGGUGACUGUCUUUGCAAAGAAAUAUUUCUGGACUCAAUUUUUGAUGGAUCAUCAAUACUACUCCAUGGCGAAGACUCUUUGGCUUCAUCGGUGGAAUUACUCAGUGGUGGACUUUUAAAGGGAGUUUUAUUUAUUCCAACCAAUCUAAGUGCUGCAAUGUUCAUAGAUUAGUCAAGUUUACGUGUUGACUUUUCUGGAGGUGUGGUUUUUGUUGCCAUUACAUUCAACCAUUUAAAUUUAGGUGGCUUGUGUGUUUUUAAGGCGGCUUUUGUGAGUGUUAAUUUUAAUCUUGUUUCUUCUUUAUGAUGUUUACUUUCUAUCCUUAUUGAGGUUUAAGGGGGUUCUACUGGAAUGCCAGGAAACUGAUGGAGAGCUCUUUGGGCAAUAAUGUUGUUCUGUACUCUUUUGUCUACAGGUGCUGUUGUUUAUUCUUCAGCAUGGCAGUCGUCAUCCGUUUACAGGGACUGAGAGUCACUGCAGGCUCUGAGGAUAUUCGCAGGUUCUUCACUGGCCUCAAAAUCCCAGAUGGAGGGGUGCAUAUAAUUGGUGGGGAGCUAGAUGAAGCUUUCAUAAUAUUUGCUUCAGAUGAGGACGCAAGAAGAGCCAUGACACGAUCUGGUGGUGUCAUUAGAGGUUCACCUGUUAGAUUGCUACUCAGUAGCAAAGCAGAGAUGGACACGGUACUUGAAAGAACAACAGAAACUAUGGAAGCGGAUCAACAAAGGAAAAUUGAGAACGAACCAAGAUUUUCUCACAGAUCUAUGGAGCCUGAGGUGGAGUGGAGAUCCAGUGAUCGACCUGAGUCUUACGUUUCUUCCCAGGAUCAACGGAAUUUGGACACAGAAAGUUUCUUUAUUGUGUUUCUAAAUGGACUACCUUUCUCUGUGACCGAGAGGAACAUCAGGGAAUUUUUUGAUGGAUUACUCAUUGAUGAAAUCGUUCUAGUGAAAAAUCACAAAGGGGAGAACAAUGGAAAAGGAUUUGUCAAAUUUGCAACAAGGCAAGAUUGUAUCGAAAGCUUGAAGAGGGAUAAGAACUACAUUGGAUCGAGGUAUAUUGAUGUUUGCACAACUACUGUUUACGAAUGGUUUCGUGCUACUGGUAGAAUGCCAACGAUGUCCUGCACAGGUGACAACUUUGAAAGAGGCCGAUCACCUGUUCGUGGCCAGAGGAAUGUACAGCUUCAUGCAAGGUCACGAUCCCCUGUGGCUCUGGGCCAUGAUGUGCCUUCUGCUGAGAAUUAUUGUGUGAUGUUGGACAAUCUGUCCUAUUCAGUGGUAAAGGAGGAUAUAAAAGAGCUGUUCCACAAUGCCAGGCUCAAGCUUGAUCAGAUCUAUCCCUUAACUGAAAUUGGUGGGAACAAAACUAGAUCGGCAUUUGUGCUGUUCAAAAAUCUGCAGGAUUAUCAUGAUGCUUUAGGACAUGACCAAAGAGAGCAUUUUGGUCGAGUUCUUCAAGUCAGUUCUAUAUCAAGAGAGAAUAUGAUUUCUUUUCUCGAAUCUCGGAGGGUUGAUGUCAGACAUCCUGGGGACCCUGAAAGGGGUCAGGAGAGAUCUCCAUCUUACCCCAGGGAUUUUUAUGACUCUGAGAAAGUUUGUGUGUUUGUGAGGAAUCUUCCAUUUGAUGUACGAAAAGUUGAGAUAAUUGACUUUUUCCAAGGGUUUAAUGUCUCUGAGGACAAGGUGUGGGUGCUGCAUGACCACAAAGGUUCUGGGAUUGGACAGACUUUAGUUCUCUUUGGAUCUGAAGCAGAAGCUGUGAGGGCACUUUCACUCAAUGGACGACGGUUUCUUGGGUCAGAGGUCACAAUGAAGUGUAUUUCACGCUCUCAGAUGAACCAGUUGACUGCUGAUCUUCCAUUGGUACAAGAAUCAUUACCAAAAAAGGAAAGUUACUCGGACAGGCGCAGCAGGAGCAUAGAGGUAUCCUAUCGCCCUGGUGACACUUUGUACCCUGAUUUAAGGAAUCCCAAGGAUGGUAAUAGUCCUCUGGCUAAUGUGCAGGGCCACAUCCAUGGAAGUGGUAAUUACGAGCCUCAUUCUCCUCAAUACAGGGGUAGUGAAGUCCAUGGCAAAUUUGGAUCCUCCAUGCAGGAUUUUGAUGAUCCCACCUGUGUGCAGCUGAUGAACUUGCCUUUCCUAAUCAGAAAUGAAGAAAUCUAUGAUUUCUGUUACGGAUACCGUGUCAUACCUGGAUCUGUCAAAGUUCAGUGUGACCAGACUGGGAAACGUAACGGCUGUGCCACUUUGGAAUUCGAGUCUCGCCAGGAGGCAUUGACUGCGAUUCGGGAACUGAGUGGAAGACCAAUUGGUCCAAGAAGAAUACAGCUUAUGCUUGCGUAAAGUUAGGCUGUGUUUCAUGAAUUUUCCUUGCCUCUUUAGUGUGCAAAUGUGCACUUUGUUGAUUGAUGCCAAUAUGAUAUAAAAUUAGCAAUGGUUUUUGUUUCUGUAGCUGGGGACUGGAGUUGGAUCUUAUUUUGCAUGCGUCUUGUCAUUUGAUUUUUUUGUUUUUCUUGUGAAGUAUUUUUACUUUUUUAAAGAGCCAUUUUCUUUUCUUCAUUUUUAUAAUUCUACAUUGUCGUAGUCUCAAGUUUAAUUUUUGUAUGGAAAACUUAAUUUGGUAUUAUUCAUGAAAGGACAUUCAAAGACUUCACCUUGCAAAGCACUGUUUAAACUGUACAUUAAAUUUCACUUUGCUGUUA